AUGACGUUGACGAGAUUUCUAAUACCUACACCUAUUCAUUUCAGGUCGACUUAUUAUGAUCGUGAUCUCGUCUACAUAAUCUUGUUUCCUGCUUCUGAUACUGAAUUUAAACGGUGCAGCCCUAUAUCAGGAACCGCGAUCCUCUUACCUAAACUCUUACCGAUCCGUACACGGGAGUCGUAUGCAAGGGUGAUAGAAGAAUCAUUCAAGCUUUCUUAUGAUGGACUCACCCAUGUAGAAAUAUUCUUCAGUCAGCUUGAUACAUGUUUGUCUCACCUGGCCUCAUCUCGCAAUGCAUUACAUAUCGAAUGUAACCUGAAAUACAUGAAAACGAUCCCUAGUUCCAAUACUUGUGCUGCUGGUACUUUAUCGCAAUUAAAUUCGUUUGGAACUGGAAUAACCGAGUGCAGUCUUUCACGUGACUUCGAACGGAUUCGUAUCGAUGAACAACCCAGCGAUAUGACUAAUAUCUCAGUCAAAGGUAAAAAUUAUCCGGUACAUAAAGACAUCUUAGCUGAUCGCAGCUCAGUUUUCGACGCCAUGUUCAAAAGUGAUACGCAGGAAAGCCGAGAAAAUCACAUCAUCAUUACGGACAUCGAGCAAAAUAUUUUUGAAGAAAUGCUACGAUACAUUUAUACGGGAAAGACUGAAAAUUUAAACGGAUUAGCCUACGAAUUACUCCCGGUUGCGGAUAAAUACGAUCUUAGAGAUUUGAAGACGAUGUGCGAACAAGCUCUGUCCCAGAUAUUAUCAGCAGAAAAUGCAGCCGCGAUUUUAAUACUCGCAGAUAUGCAUAGUGCUAAAAAAUUAAAGUCCUAUACCAUCCAAUUCAUCAAGCAAUCGUAUGCCAGCAACGGCUACGAAGAUUUCAAGAAUACAGAAUUUUUCAAGUUUUUUUCUACGCAUCGUCCUGACUUGAUGAGCGAAAUGAUGGCUGCGUUUUUUGAAUAA